UUUACUGGAAUAUUGUGCCAAUUGAAGGUGUAUCUGGCACAAGUGAUUCAAAUUUAUAAAUUUCAUCCCCUUAAGUCAGAAUGGGCGAUUCUGUCAUGACGUCAAUUCUGUCAAGAUGGCAGAGGGACUGAAGAGAACUCUCGGUAAACCUGGCUUUGACCCUGAAGACUAUGCCCGUGAGAUAGCCCAGAAGAGCGAUGGGGAUCGAGACUUGUUAGAACACAGACAGAGAGUACAGAACCUGCAGGAUGACACCUCCCUCGCACUCAAGAAGAAUGUCUACCAGAACUACAUGCAGUUCAUCGAGACGGCCAAGGAAAUAUCAUAUGUUGAGAGUGAGAUGUAUCAGCUGUCCCACAUCCUGACUGACCAGAAGACCAUCAUGAACAGUAUGAUGCAGAUGUCAAUCACUGACAAAGAAGAGACCCCCAAAGAAAAGGAUACACCCAAAGAGAAAGAGGACAAGAAGAAAAACCUGAGUACACUUCUGGAGAAAGUUGAGGGAUGUUCACAUGUGACAGAGGUGCCCGGCCGGUACCUGGUGCACAGUGGAGGUCUGGUGGAGCUGGACCCAGACUCUAACACACAGAUCCAGCGUGUGCACACCUUCCUCAUGAACGACAGUCUCAUGGUGGCCAGCUGGAUAGCCAGCAGACGAGGUCCAGUCCAUUACAAGUUCCAGGCUCUGUAUGAGUUAGACAGCCUGGCUGUUGUGAACAUCAGGGAUGCAGGACCAAUGAAGAACUCCUUUAAGGUGCUGGUGUUUCCAGACUGUAGAGUCUUCCAGGCUGAGAGCCCCAAAGCCAAGAGGGAAUGGCUGGACAGUCUUGACCAGGCUAAGAAGAGUAAAGCAGCAGCCGACAGCCAGAAGAAAGAAGCUCAAGUCAAGGACGAUGCUGCGGGAGAUAGCUUCGACAGAAAUAACCCAUUUGCUGAUAAUGAUGAAGAAGACCAAGAGUUGCCCCUGCCCCCACACAUAAAGAGGUGGAUCGCUCAAAGUGCAGAGGAAAUGUUGCGGGUGGACUGGAUACAAGAGUUACCGGAGGACCUGGAUGUGUGUAUCGCACAGAGGGACUUUGAAGGAGCAGUAGAUCUUAUUGAUAAGUGUAAUGAGUACCUAGAAGAAGUCCCACAAUCACCAGCGCUUAAAGAAUACAGAGCUCGUGUGGACCAGAGAAUCAAACACCUGACAGAAGUGCUGCAGCAUGAGCUGCAGGGGCUGCAGGGGGGACCCAAGGCUGCCAGACGGGCCGUCCUGCAGCUCAUCAAGCUGGGCAAGUCUACUCAGGCCUGUGACCUGUUCCUGAGGAACCGUACCAUGGCCAUCAAGCGGUCUCUGCGCCAGCUGAAGAUGGAAGGCUCUACCACGCUGUAUGUGAACAAGCUGUGUUACGUGUUCUUCACCACCAUGUUGGAGGUGGGCAGAGAGUUCCAGAAGGACUUCUCCUCAAACAAUGGAUGCUGUUCAGCUUUUGUGGUGUGGGCCAAGACAGAGCUGGAGACAUUUGUGGGGAUGUUUGCCCGUCAGGUGUUCUCCUCCAAAACCAGCCUGUCUAUGGUGGCAGAGUGUGUGGAGAUGGCUCAGCACAACUGUGACAAGCUGUGUGAGAUUGGGUUGGACUUGACCUUUGCCCUCCACUCCCUGCUGGUGAAGGAUGUUCGUCGUGCAAUGCAUGAUGGGAGAGAUCAGAUUGUGGAGGCCGUCAGACACAGAUCAAUGGAGGAGAAGUGGAGAGCCUACAACCUGCUGACCCCCCAGGCCUGUCGGGAGCUGGUGAAGGAGAUGGAGGACCUGGGACUCUCCAGCUUCAAGUCUCUCAUGUACGACGACUGCUGGAUCAAACUUACCCCCAACACCAUCACCUACACCAGACAACUGCUGCAGUUUGUGGACCAGUGUUUAAAGUUGUACCAACCUGAGUUACACAUGGUUCUGGUGGAGAAUGUGAUGAUGAUUGUACGCUGCGUGGGGAAACAGAUGGAAACGGCUUUGACAGCUAAGGAGUACACCAAGAGUCACCCCUUCAUCAUUAAGAAUGCCAGCUUUGUCUUUGAGACAGUCGUGCAACGUGUAGAGAGAAGGUUCCAGGAACAUGUAGGAAAGCCAGCUAAGCAGUUUCAGGAGCUGAGGACUGACUAUGCCAAACUGAGGUCACUGGCAAGAACACCAACCACUGAGCUGUAAAAAUUAACAAAACAGAUCUAUCCAUUUAGCAAGCUGAAAAGGAUGAAUUCCGUUUUUUUUCAACGUCCUCCUGAGAUGGAUCUGAAACGGUUUCUAGUUAUCCAGAAUUGCGAAUCGUCAUCUUGAACGCAAAAGCAGUGCAGAUCUAGCUUCCUAGUUGGUGGAGACACGGGGAAAAGUAGAAUUUUUAACCUGCCAGGCUAGUAUUAGCCUGGUAUCCAGCCAUAUUAUAGCUCCUGAGUGUCUUCUGUCUUCUCCACAAAUACAGAGAUUUUGCAUCGUGAACUUAAUAUAGCUACGAUGGUGUAGGUAUGAUUAUGACAUAGUAGUCUAUAUAGCUUCAUACAGUCCAGUCCAAUGUAAAACCUCUACUUAGCCAAAUUGCUUUGAAUCUUACUUUAAUGACUCUUUAUGUGAUCAUGGACCAGGAUGUUUUCAAUGAAUCUCCAAAGUCUGCAAAACUACUACAUAUAUACAUUAACUACCAAACCAAAUUUAUGGAACUACCAAACCAAAUUUAUUGUACAAUGUAUUUCAUAUAAAACAAUGCAGAAUUGUGAAGGAUGAAUCAAACUAUACAUCGCAUAACCGGACAGCUAUUAUUACUUUAGUUAAGCAUGUUAUUGGAACUUCAAAUUCUUAGUGCAAUAUGUGAUUGAUAUGAAGAAAUGUGUGAUAUUGAUACUGUUAUCCCCUCUUAAUUUUAUGGCAUUAGAAUGAACUCACAUGUACUUGAAAAAAUAGAUAUACUGGUAACAGUCUUGUGCAUUCUGUUCUAAAUUACCAUGGUUAACACAUCAUCUUAAAAAGUAUCAGGCCACAUAUGCUUAUACCGUAGAAUGUUUGUACACACAGAAAUGCUUCAUAAAACGUAGCGUGCAAAUGUAAAUAUGUACAGGUGCAUGUAUGUCCUAAUAGCAUGUGUUUGUUAAAGCUAGUCUAUCGUGAACCUUUGUUAUUUGUGACUUUGGUUCUUUGGGGAAAACAAAACAUGAAUCAUUUUGUCAGCUCAACAUGCAUCAGUUGUCCCCUUCAUUCUUUUUUACAAAUCCC